GAGAGCAUGUCAGUGAUCGGAAUAAUAGGAGCAUACAGUGAUGAAUAGCAAAAUGCUGCACAUUAUCAUUGGAUUUAUAGUGAUUGUUCAACGAGCCGCUGGAGAUGAUUUGGGGCUGCUUUCCAGCACUCUGCGUGCGUUUCGUACCAUAUGCUGCGAUGACGAGCUGCUGAGUUUAUCGUGCCCCAUCGGUACCAGCAUCUCCGUAGAACUCGUCCAAUAUGGUGCCAAAGCAGAAAGCAACGAAACGGUUCAAUGCGCGUAUAGCGAAGUGGACAGUUCCUAUUACCCGCCCGAGCCCACCUCACCCGCCCUCAGCACGAUUGAUUUCUCGGUAGUCGGUGUCCAAGCUAACGCUACUACAAACACACCCACGGCAUCGACACUGAGCACCGAGCUGGCCACCAACGAUACGCUUGCCUUGCCGGUGGAGCGUCCAAAAGACAAAUGCACUCCCCUUUAUGUGUUGCAGUACUCGAUCCUGCAAACCGUUGUCGAAGCAUGUCAGAAGAAACGACGCUGUCGGAUACAGGCCACACCGAAGAACUUCGCCACAGCCCCGUGUCCCGGCAUUCAUCGCAUGGUGGAGGUUAAUCACAAAUGUCGUCCAUUCGAAUUUCGUAGCCUGAUCUCGUGCGAAAAGGACAUCGUUCGGUUGACGUGUGGCCAGUACACCCGCAUAGCGAUUUACAGUGCCACCUACGGCCGGACGGCGUACGAAAGUUCGCACUGUUCGCAGACGGCCGCCUCAAAGGAACAAACAUGUCUGUCGGAGCACACGAGUCACACGCUAACCGAAAUCUGCCAAGGCCGCCGAAAGUGCACGGUUGCGGUAGAAAGUUCCACAUUCGGCAACCCUUGUCCGGAGAACAUCAGGGUCUACCUGAAAGUAAUCUACGCCUGUGUUUCGAGAAAUGUGUUCCGGGAACGGUACAUCACACCGCUCGAGGAUGACGAGCUGGACGAGCGGCCGUACGAGUCGAACGAACUGUACGACGAGGAACUGACGCCGGCACCGAACCAGAUCGAGGGUUCGGCCAUCGGCAAGGGUACCGGCACCAACCACAACAAGUACGCCGGCAGCGGCGAGUCAGCGGUCAAGGCGGAAAAUAUAGUCACAUUCAACAAAGACGCCGGUGACAGCUCCAGUGGAGGUGACCAUUCGUCCCUGCUCGAUGAUGGACACCUGCUGAUCGUCGGUGUCGCGGUACUGUUCUUCUGCUUUGUCUGCGUGUCGUUCGGGGCGCUGCUCGCAUACAAGAUGAAGCUGUUCCAGUCGAGCAAUAAUCGGUGCAUCAAGGCUUCCGAGUCAAGCGACAGCCAUUCGACACCAUCUAGCUACCGGGGACCGAGCGAGGACUUCGAUCUGGUCGAAUGUAUGCCGGACACGAACGCCAUGACGGAGAAGGUGACCGAGCAAUCACCGCUAUCACCGCCACCACCUCCGCCGCAAACGUUUGUGCCACCGGUUGCCGCAUCCGGCCCGGUUACCUUCCCGAGCAGCACCAUGCUCCCUGCGUUCAAGUUCGCUGAGCCGCGCGGAAGCCUGUCACAAAUAUCGACCACCAUGUUCAUCCUGCCGAACUACCUAAUGGCGGGCCCGCUGCCCGGUACGCUGUCGAACCGGCGGCCCAAGGAUGCCGGUGCCUCCCCACUUCCACCGGGUGACAAUCUCACCAUCACACUCGCCACCGACAUCCCGGGCAGCAGUAGCGGCAGCACCACCACCACCAACAACGCCGCCACGAGCCGGGUGGAGUCGCCCAGCCCUGCGUACUAUUCGCAACAUCUGCAGCCCCACCAUCAGCAGCAACAGCACGUACCGUACGGUGUGAGCACCUCCUGCGGCCAGUGUACCGUGCUCGGUUGGCAGUCGUCGGCCGGUGGGCCGCCACCGAUCUACGGUGGAAAAUUGCUGGCAGUGGAAAAUCCGACCGCUGCUGCUGCCACGAGCAAAACGUCACACCCGUAUCAUCGCAAUCAAUCAUUAAAAGCGUCUGGCAGCGAGCCGGAAGGGUACCCGGAUGGGACGCGCCCGGGAGAGUGUGGCGGAAUGGGGGGCGCGGGUGGGACGACUACCCUCACACAGUCGCAUCCUUUUUUAUGGCUGGGCUUGAGAAUCGGGCUGAUGUAAAGCUGUAGGGUAAAGCUGUCAAGAUCGACCUGUGCGAUAGUUUAUCGUGCAGCGUUUUAAACCUUAUUGGUGUGGGGCUUCAACAUUUGGUGGGUG